AUGCUGUUGAGGACUUACUUACUGGCUGGGCCGGGUAGCUUCGUCGAAUAUCAAAUCCUCAGACCCCCGCCCCCCUUCCACUCCCGAGUCAGCAGAUGUCUGUGUGUCGAAGCGAGAGAGGAGCGUCGAAAUGGCAUCAACUGCACCCCCUCGACCUCGAGCGCGGCCUGCCCAUACUCAAGGCUCGACCCAUUGCGCCUAUACCCCUGACGGGACCAAGCUGGUCACCGUAGGCUCGAAUAACACGAUCCGACUCUAUAAAACAGGGUUUGACGGAGAGCCCGUCAACAUCGACGAUUGCCAAGAGCAGAACCUGAGCGUGGACGCCUCCAACGACUUCUUCGUCGUUGGAUCCGAGGAUGGUACCGUCAGCCUCUAUUCGAUUCCCGACGCCGCCUUCGACAAGUUCCUCCUCCGCUGCUCCCUCCCCGUCCGUGACGUUGCGCUCUCGCCCGAUUCGAGGUGGUGCGCUGUGGCUAGCGAUGAAUUGACCGUAAAGCUCGUCCAAACGGAAGACAACAGCAAGAUACUCCAUCUUAAGGAGCAUAACAAACCCACCAAGCACCUCGCCUUCGACACCCAAGGGUCGACUAUCACUCUAGCCUGCACUGAUGGGGUCGUAUACGUGUAUUCGCUGACCCCCGACGAGCCAGAGCUUCUGCGGAAGGUUGACGGUGUCAUCGGGGUGCUGGAGACGGAGUCGGACGUCAGCUCUAAGAUGGUAUGGCACCCAGAUGGACGGGCCUUUGCCGUCCCCACCCCAACCAGGGAUAUUCAAGUCGUCUCCAACCACGACUGGGAGAAGCAGCGGGCCUUUUCGCACGGCCAUAACGGGGAUGUCACUGCCCUGGCAUGGUCUCCGAAUGGCGCACUUCUAGCCUCGGCCGGCAAGGACAAGAAGAUCCUACUCUGGGAGACCAAGACUCAGGGCGUCAUCGCCAGGCUCGACUACGCCAACGUGAUGGAUAUCGCAUGGCACCCGACCGAUAAUCUGGUAUCUUUUACUAACUCGGAUGGCGAAGUCUAUAUCCAUCCGGAUUUCGUACCGGAGCAGUUCACACCCUUACUGAAGCUCGGAAAGCAACCCGCGCCCUUCAUCCAUGACCCUUUAACCGAGAUCUCGGUCAAUGCUAGAAGACCCGAGCCCCCUAACGUAGUGGUGCGCAGGCCGCGUAGGGACUCGGCCGGCAGUUAUGACUCUCUCAUGGACGGCCCCUUACCUGAGGACGCGGACUUUGUGGAGGAUGACGACGGGGCGGGCUACGUGAUUAACGUAAACGGCAAGCGCGUGCAUGAUGUCGAUGUUUUUGGCGAGCCGUCCAGCAAGCGCUCGCAUCUUCUCGACGCGGGGUAUCACGAGGCUUUCCAGCCAGGGUCGACGCCGUGGCGCGGGAACCGGAAGUACCUGUGCUUAAAUCUUGUCGGAUUCGUAUGGACGGUCGACCAAGACGGGCAUAACACAGUCACGGUAGAGUUCUACGAUCACGAAUUCCACAGAGAUUUCCAUUUCACCGAUACCUUCCUUUACGACAAGGCCUGCCUGACCGAGAACGGCGCCCUGUUCUCCUGCCCGCCCCGAGACGACACGCCAGCAACCAUCUUUUAUAGGCCGCACGAGACAUGGACCAAUCGCGCGGACUGGCGGACACAGUUGCCAAGGGGCGAAGCUGUCCUUGCCAUAUCCCUUAGCGACUCUUUCGUCACGGUCACCACGACCGCGAACUACGUCAGGAUUUACACCCUCUUCGGCAUCCCGUACAAGGUAUAUAGGCCGAAGAGCACCCCGAUAGUCACUUGCGCGAGCUGGAGAGACUACGUCAUGACGAUCGGCAAUGGCCCCGUCAGCGCGGACGGAUCCACGCGACUUCUCUACACGAUCGAAAACGUCAAGAGGGACGAGAUCUGCCAGAACGAAGACACGGUGGCGCUUCCAGAUGGCGCGACUCUGAAGAGUGUCUUCUUCUCCGACAAUGGCGAUCCAUGCGUCUACGACUCCACGGGAACGCUCCUAACCUUGCUACACUGGCGGCGGCCGUCCGGGGCAUGUUGGAUACCGCUCCUAGACACGAAGCUGCUGCCGCGCUUGGCGUCGGGCCGGAAGAUGGAAACGUAUUUCCCGAUCGCGGUUGCGGAUAGCAAAUUCCACUGCAUCAUCCUCAAGGGCACGGACCAGUAUCCGUACUUCCCGCGCCCGCUGCUCUCCGAGUUCGACUUCUCCGUGCCGCUGACGUCGGAGCCGCCGAGGUCGAAGCCGAAGCCGAGCCCGGACGCGAUGGACGACGACUCGCCCGAGGACGAGGGCGAGUCGGAGACGCGCAAGCUGGAGCAGCAGUACCUGCUGAGGGGGGUGGCGGCGGCGCAGCUGCGAGACCUGAUCGAAUCGACCGGCGGCGGCGGGCACGCGCAGCGGUCGAGCCUGGCGCGGCUGGAGCUCGAGAUCGACAAGACGCUGCUGCAGUUCCUGGCGAUCGAGUGCCGCGAGGGCGAGGAUCGCGGGAUGCGGGCGCUCGAGCUGGUCGAGCUCAUGCGCGACCGUACAGGCCGCAUGGUGGAGGCGGCCGGCAAGGUCGCCGAGAGGUACGGGCGCUCGAUCCUGGGAGAGAAGAUCCGCGAGAUCGGCGAGCGCCGCGUCAACGCCACGGACGAGGACGAUCUGUAGCGUGGCGCAUAGCCGCACUUGGCUUCCUCGGCAUCCUCGUUUUCGGAGGGGUGGUUGGGUUGCCCCUAUAAAUCAGGGGCCCAACCCCGUGGCAACCCGGAUCGGGCGGUCGUAGGCAAGGGAAGUAUGCGAGGACGGAAGGGGGCGGUGAUGCAACGGAGCAUAGUACGAUGUUUCCACGGAGAGCUUGCAUAUAUGCAAAGACGAAGGGGAUGUCAUCGUUGCAGCGCUGAAACGAUGUGCACUCGAUGAUGACAGGAUUCGAGGCUACCGGGACGAUGAGAGCCCAGCUAGCGUCGAAGUAAUAAAAAGGAGGUCGUAGGAUGACCUAGCAUACCAUCGUUAUUCUACUUUUCUACCGGGACAAGCUUAGGUUGUCGGAAUAGCUGGUAGUAAGUCUCCCAGUCGCUAAGUUAGCCCUGCUCCUGGCUGGCUGGCCCUCUCUACAAUGAAGGGGAUUUACGUGGGUAAUCACAUUUCCGCCGACCGCAGUAAUUGACAAGACGACGGAGGCGAGCUGUGAUUUGGACAUAGGCAUUUCUCGAGUAGAGGAGAGUCGGGAUCCCGCGUAAAAAUGCUCACAUCUCGACAACAUUUCCUUCGCUCGAACUGGUAGAGAGGGAGAUUGUAUGGUG